AUGGGACUGCCUGGAGAUGGCGGGUCAGAGAAACCCUCGCGUCUCCGUGUCUACUUGACAGGUUUCGGCCCCUUUAGCUCUGUUUCGGACAACCCGUCCGCCACGCUAGUGGAGCAAAUAGCAACAGCUCUCGGGAGCGAGCAAACAAAUCCUGCUCCACCUACUCCGCGGGAAGAACAGAGCACCCGUCAGCCUAUCUGUUCCUGUAGGACGGCUAAUGGCCUCACGAAUUUGGGCGACUCCACGGGUCCCGGGGAGCCUAGCUCUCCUGCACUGGCUCGCCCCACUAAGGCUCCAGGGAACGUUGAGCUUUGCGGUUGGGAAGUGUUAGAGGUGUCGGCGGAGGCAGCUACCGAAGCUGUGCCUCGAAUUCAUUCUGCGCUCUGUAGCAAUGAUCGGAAUAAACUAUCGGUGUCUUCUGGUGUAGUUAGCGAAGCAGCAGAUGUUCGAGAGACCCAAGAGGAGCGUGAGGAUGUUCCCACAUAUUCUGGAGCAGACAGGACUGAGGAACCGCUGAUGUUGGCGUUGCACUUUGGGCCUGUUGCUGCUGACCUGAGCCGACAGGGUUUCUCCUGCUGUGUCUCCGAUGACGCGGGUUGUUUCGUUUGCAAUUUUCUCUACUUCAAGAGCUUGCAAGAGGGUCAAAGGAGCGGAGUGGCCUCUUUGUUCGUGCACAUCCCCCCCUUCUCCGUAAUGAGUCUGCAGCAGCAGUUAGCAGCAGCUUUGCGUCUGCUGGCGGUGCUGGCUCGAAAGGAACAUCAGCAGGGGCUAGGGAAUGGACUGCCAGAGGAGAAGGUCGAGCCGCAGGGAAGCUGA